AUGAGUAGACCUGUUACACCGGUCUAUGGAUCAUUAGCAAAUGAAGAGAAGGCUAACGAAGAUGCUCAUAUCAUCGGGGACAAGGCCUUUCCUGACCAAAUCUACGACGUAACCAAGCAGAAUGACUCUCAAUUCCUCGAACCUCCACAAUACAGAGCACCGCAUAGACCGUUAUCUCCAGACACUUUAUCCAAUCUUUCUGUAGAAGAGUUCCACCAGCUCGGUCCACGAAACAACGAGCCAUCUGUCUGGUUAGAUGGAGGUCACCAGCAACUGAAACCAUCCUGGACGGCCAAAUGGCAGGCUAAACUCCAUGCCAGUUGGGUACGAAAUGCCGGUCUCUUCUACAUGUUGCUUGCCCAGGUGUUUGGUGUCAUGAUGAAUGUUACCACCCGGAUACUGGAGAUCGAAGGCAAUAAGGGCAAAGGACUGCAUCCAUUCCAAGUGCGUACUCCGAGCAUCAAGCCCAAUAUCACAUGCCGUUCUAACCAACAAAGNAUUCUGUUUGCACUGACCAUGCCGGACGCAUCCAACUACGACAAUGUCACACCAGCUGAGCGCUUGGCAGCCGUCGGCAUCGCAUUGGUGGGUACAGANACAUGUGGUUUCAUCAUGGUAAGGAUUGAAGACGAUGACUUCUCCGCAGAGACUAACACGCAAACANNGCAAUUUCUUCUGGCGGCAGGACUGAGUUACGAAAAGUCAUCGCGAGCGACCAACAUGGCAUAUACAUCGAUGCUGUUUGCACUGGGAUUCGAUAGAUUCAUCUUUGGGCAGACACCAGGCGCCACGUCGAUAAUCGGGUCGACAUUGAUUCUUGGGUCGGCGAUAUAUAUGGCAAUGCAGAAAGACAAAGGCGACGGUCGAAAAAAUGAGGAUACGGCAGGGGUAGCGCAAAACAGAGAUGAAGAGGAGGGUUUGAUGAGAGGAGCAGACGAAGAAGAUGAGGAAAUUUUUGACCGAGCACAGCACAGUAGCAUUGAGAUGAACCAGAUAGAAGCAAGGCGGGCUUGA